UGUAGCGGCAAACAUGUCUGCCAAUAAAGUCUGAGUUCAAAAUCCUUAACCACGAUGUCUUGACGUUGGAAUUAUCAAAACGCACUACUUUACUGUUUACUGUAUACACGUGAAGGAUCAUUAUAUUAUCUUGUGUUUAAUGAGCGACAGCUGAAGAAUAAUGACGUCCAUUAUUAAGCUGACAGCCGUGUCAGGGGUUCAGGAGGAGUCCGCUCUCUGUUACCUGCUGCAGGUGGAUGAGUUUCGCUUCCUCUUGGACUGUGGUUGGGACGAGAACUUUUCUAUGGACAUCAUCGAUGCCAUGAAGCGAUAUGUUCACCAGGUUGAUGCAGUUCUUCUCUCCCACCCUGACCCCAUUCACCUUGGAGCAUUGCCUUAUGCUGUAGGCAAACUAGGUCUUAACUGUACAAUCUACGCCACCAUUCCUGUGUACAAGAUGGGUCAGAUGUUCAUGUAUGAUUUAUAUCAGUCUCGAAACAAUAGUGAAGAUUUUACACUCUUCACCCUUGACGACGUGGACAGUGCAUUUGAUAAAAUCCAGCAGCUGAAAUACUCUCAGAUUGUAAAUCUAAAAGGAAAAGGGCACGGCCUUUCCAUCACUCCUAUUCCAGCUGGACACAUGAUUGGCGGUACCAUUUGGAAAAUUGUCAAGGAUGGGGAGGAAGAGAUUGUAUAUGCUGUGGACUUCAACCACAAGAGAGAAAUCCACCUUAAUGGAUGCACGUUGGAGAGUAUUAGCCGUCCAUCUUUACUUAUCACAGAUUCCUUCAAUGCCACAUAUGUACAACCACGUCGCAAACAAAGAGAUGAGCUCCUGUUAACCAAUGUCAUGGAGACCCUCCGUGGUGAUGGGAACGUUCUUAUUGCCGUGGAUACAGCUGGCCGUGUGCUGGAACUGGCCCAACUCCUGGACCAGAUUUGGAGAACAAAGGAUGCUGGGUUAGGAGUUUACCCGCUAGCACUGCUCAACAAUGUUAGCUACAAUGUGGUGGAAUUCUCCAAAUCCCAGGUGGAGUGGAUGAGUGACAAACUCAUGAGGUGUUUUGAGGACAAGAGGAACAAUCCCUUCCAGUUUCGACACUUGACCUUGUGCCACAGUUUAGCGGACCUGGCCCGGGUGCCCAGCCCAAAAGUGGUGCUUUGCAGCCAGCCAGACCUUGAAUCUGGUUUUUCCAGAGAACUUUUUAUCCAGUGGUGUCAAAAUGCAAAAAAUUCGAUCAUCUUAACCUACCGCACCACACCAGGAACAUUGGCACGCUACCUUAUCGACCACCCCGGAGAAAAGAUGCUGGAUCUGGAGGUCAGGAAAAGAAUUAAACUUGAAGGCAAGGAGCUGGAGGAAUAUCUGGAAAAGGAGAAAAUAAAGAAUGAAGCAGCUAAAAAGCUUGAACAAGCAAAAGAGGUGGACGUUGACUCUAGUGAUGACAGUGACAUGGACGAUGAUCUGGAUCAGCCAGCUGUGGUGAAAACAAAGCAUCACGAUUUGAUGAUGAAGGGCGAGGGGAGCCGCAAAGGCAGCUUUUUCAAACAAGCCAAAAAGUCAUAUCCAAUGUUCCCAUCACACGAGGAGAGAAUCAAAUGGGACGAGUAUGGAGAAAUCAUCAGGCUUGAGGAGUUUCUGGUUCCUGAACUGCAAGCCACAGAAGAUGAGAAGAGCAAACUGGAGUCUGGAUUGACUAAUGGAGAUGAACCCAUGGAUCAGGAUCUGUCUGUUGUCCCAACUAAAUGUAUCUCAAGUAUAGAAAGUCUUGAAAUAAGAGCAAGGGUGAUGUACAUAGACUACGAAGGUCGCUCUGAUGGCGACUCCAUAAAAAAGAUUAUUAAUCAGAUGAAACCCAGACAGCUGGUGAUCGUUCGCGGGCCACCAGACGCCAGUCUGGACCUGGCUGAGUCCUGCAAGGCUUUCAGCAAAGACAUCAAAGUUUACACACCCAAACUGCAGGAAACUGUGGAUGCCACCAGUGAGACACAUAUCUACCAGGUGCGGUUGAAAGACUCCUUGGUGAGCUCUCUGCAGUUCUGCAAGGCCAAAGACACGGAGCUGGCGUGGAUCGAAGGCGUGCUGGACAUGCGUGUAGUGAAGGUGGAUACGGGUGUGAUGCUGGAGGAGGGUGUAAAAGAGGAGAUGGAAGACAGUGAGAUGCCCAUAGACGUCGCCCCCGAUCUCGACAUCGACCACAAUGCCACAGCAGUGGCAGCACAGCGCGCCAUGAAGACCCUCUUUGGAGAAGAUGAAAAGGAGCUCUCCGAAGAGAGCGAUGUCAUUCCCACGCUGGAGCCGCUACCUCCAAAUGAGAUUCCAGGGCAUCAGUCUGUUUUCAUCAAUGAGCCUCGCCUGUCUGACUUCAAGCAGGUCCUGCUGAGAGAGGGCAUCCAGGCCGAGUUUGUGGGAGGAGUACUGGUAUGCAACAACAUGGUGGCCGUCCGCAGGACGGAGGCCGGGCGCAUCGGUCUGGAAGGCUGCCUGUGUGAUGACUACUAUAAGAUCCGGGAGCUGCUGUAUCAGCAGUACGCUGUUGUAUAGCAGCAGCACAUAACACUGCUGUAGAGCACAUCAUGGCAUUACAGAGACAACUCUUACCAAGGACUGUACCCAGAAGACAGCAGGAUCUCUGCCCAAUGAGCUGCUCCAGUUAUUUCACUGCAAACCUUGUACAUUUUCCCUUUUAUAAUUCUUUUUUUCCAGAUAACAUUUCUUGUAUUAUUAGUUUACCUCUAGAAAAUGAAGGCCAAUGCUUUGUCUGAGUGGACCUCUGUAAACACCCGACAACCACGAGGCUCUCUUAUUUCUCUUAAUUCUACCCAUUGUACAGUCACAGUGCUCCAAUUCGGUUAUUAAACCUUUUUUUUCAUAUAUGGACUGAAGUACGUUUCUUUCAACUGUGUAUAGAAAGGCCAGAAAUGUACUUGCUUUUUAAAGCAUGGGAUCACAUAGAUGAUUUCAGUUUCAAGUAAACAUACCUGUGU